CGUGAGGAGCCAGGUGUGAGGAACAGAUCCGGUCUGUCAAUUUAAACCUAGAUGAAUACGUGGCAUUCACGCCAGAUGUGAAAAGGCACUCGCCAGUCGCCACAUCCUUGUAUUCAGAGAGACAGUGAGAGAGGAGCGCAGAUUCGAAUUUCGACAUCCAGACCGCUCAGCUGAUGCAAACUUAUUUAUAUUUCCCACACUCAAAAAUCUUCUUCUUCCAGCUCUUCUCUCCCUCUGUGCGAAGUGUGAAACCUAAUUUGAAGCUAAAGGUUCCCUAAUUGGUUAUAUUUUUUUGCGAAAAGCCAAUUUAACUACCAACGAUCUCUUUAGGUCAAUCCAUGAGAUUGUAAGAGCUGGAUUGAAGAAAAAGAUUCUGGUUUCAUGAAAAAUGUCUACAAUUGUCUCCGCUGUGUAUCUUCACGUCGUCGAUGUCGUCGUCAGUAAACUGCGGGAAGAAUUCGUCAACGAGGGUAUUGAUGCGUCUGUUCUCACUGAACUUCAAGGGGAUCUCAAGACGGGGAAGAAGAUUGGUGGAGGGCAUGAAGCCAGUGGAUUGUAUUAUCUUGACAGUGGUGGAUCGUCAGUUGUACUUCAGACUUCUCUCACUCCUCUACAAUGGCAUUGUCGGCUGGGACAUCCAUCUCUCAAGGCACUCAAGAGACUAGUUCCGCCUUUGAGUCAUUUGUCGUCUUUACAGUGUGAGUCGUGUUAAUAUGGGAAACACCAUCGGGUUUCCUUCAAUCCUAGAGUUGAUAAUCGUAUGUUGAGUCCUUUUGCUUUAGUUCAUUCAAAUGUUUGGAGUCCGAUUAAAAUAGAGUCUUAUAAUAGUUACAAGUAUUUUGUCACUUUCAUUGAUGAUUGUUCGAGGAUGACAUGGAUUUAUUUAAUGAAAGAAAUGAGUGAA